AUGUCAUCAUUAGCAGGUUCAGUAUCAAAAAACGUUGAAGGAUUUCUUAAUUUUAUUAAUAAAAGUCCGACAGCAUUUCAUUGUGUUGAUAAUGUUAAAAAAACAUUAACAUCAGCAGGUUUCAAAGAAUUACGAGAGAAUGAGCAAUGGAAUGUUGAACCAUUAGGAAAAUAUUUCGUUAUCAAAAAUGGAUCAUGUCUUGCAGCAUUUGCUGUUGGUGGAAAAUAUCAACAUGGAAAUGGGUUUGCUUUAACAGCAACACAUACUGAUUCACCUCAUCUUCGAGUAAAACCUGUAUCAAAACGAGAUUCAUGUGGUUAUUUACAAGUUAAUGUUGAAUGUUAUGGUGGUGGUAUUUGGCAUACAUGGUUCGAUCGUGAUUUAACAUUAGCUGGACGUGUUUUCUUUCGAAAAGAAAAUGGUAAAAUUCGUGAUCAUUUAGUACAUAUAAAUCGACCUAUAAUUCGUGUACCAACUAUAGCUAUACAUCUUAAACGUGAUACAAAUGAAAAAUUAGAAAUAAAUAAACAAGAUAAUUUACAAGCUGUAUUAGCAUUAAAAACUGAAGAAGAAUUAAAUAAAUCAACAAAAAAAGAUGAAACAUGUUCUACGGAAAAAAAAUCCGGCUCUGAAGCAAAAAAACAUCAUAGUCAAUUAUUAGAAUUACUUGCUAGUGAAUGUAAUUGUCAAGUUGAUGAUAUUAUUAAUUUUGAUUUAAUGCUUGCUGAUACUCAACCAUCAUGUGUUGGUGGUCUUAAUAAUGAAUUUAUUUAUUCUGGACGACUUGACAAUCAAAUGAGUGCAUACUGUGCAAUUGAAGGUUUAGUCAAAUCACUUGAUACACUUCCAGAUGAAACAUUUAUUCGUGGGGCUUUAUUAUAUGAUAAUGAAGAGAUUGGCUCUGAAAGUGCACAAGGUGCACAGAGUGAAUUUACACAACAUAUAUUACGUCGUAUAACACGUGAUGAACAUGAACGUUCCAUUGCGAAUUCAUUUCUUGUUUCUGCUGAUAUGGCUCAUGCAAUUCAUCCAAAUUAUAGUUCACUUCAUGAUCGUGAUCAUCAACCAUCAUUAAGUGAUGGUGGUGUUGUUCUUAAAACAAAUUGUAAUAAUCGUUAUGCAACAACCGCAUUUACAUCAACAGUAAUUAAAGAAAUAGCACGAUUAAGCAAUGUUCCAAUACAGGAAUUUUGUAUGAGAAAUGAUAUGCCAUGUGGUACAACUGUUGGACCAAUAUUAUCAUCUCGUCUUGGAAUGUAUACCGUUGAUGUUGGUGCACCUCAAUUAUCAAUGCAUUCAAUACGUGAAAUGACAUCUACACAAGCACUGGAGCAUUAUUUAGUAUUUUUUCAAGGUUUCUACAAAAAUUUUAAACAAGUUCAUAAUUCAAUCGAACAUUAA